CACAACGAUUACCUAACACGGGAUGCGCUAAUCCCUUUGUUGACAGACCCGCGACAACUGGGUUUCCCUUUUGGCUACCUGUAGGUCCUGGACAUGUGUGCAUAUAAACAGGAUAUCAAGCUCAGGGGUAAUCAUUCAGCAAGCAUUCGCCAAGCGAGCAACAUCAAACGAGCCAAGUUAACCAAGUCACAUCAUAAAAUGGAGACCACAGCUAACUACGCCCACAAGAAGUUCACCGUUAGCAAGCGCAAACGGGAUUCGGACCAGGAGGAUAAGGAGAACAUCCUCCAGCAAACAAUGGAUCAGCCUAUCACUAAGCGUCGCCAGGUCCAGGGAUUCUUCCGACCAUGGCUGGACAACGAGCAGAACCAGUCCCAAGGAGCAACAUCCCCCAUUCCUGCGGGCAAAUCUCAUGGAUCCAUUCCCGCCGUCAGUCAGUAUCACGCCAACAUGGUGCGUCAUAGCCAGGCGAAGCGCCAGCGCAGUCCCAAGGAGCAACAGCGUCGGGAUCGUAACACACUGGCCUGUCUCCUCAGCCGACGAGCCAAGCAGGCGCAGGAGGAGCGUAUGGGGCAGCAGUACGAGCAAUAUAGGAGGCACCAUGCCGCCAUGCUGGAGCAACAGGUGCGCCUGAGCCUCUACUAUCGCCAUGUCCUUCAGCAGGCGGUGUUCCAGCAAGCCAUCGCCCCAGCCCCUGCCCACUUGCUGCCCCAGCAGCAGCAGCAGUUCCUCCAGCAGAUGGCCCUCUCACAGCAGAUGCUCAUCUUUGGUGGUCAGCAUUGA